AUGGAUCCCUGGUUGGGUAUGGACCCCUGGCGGAACUUUCGUGGAAUGUCUCAAGGAGGGCUUCGACCACCACCACCUUCCACAGGUGAUGCUUCCUCCCGAGCUUCGGGAGUGUUUGGACAGGGGCACUCAGGUUUAGCUCAGCCAGCCUUCAGUGGCAUGCAGUCGCAGCCGAGGGUACCGGGAAACACUUCCUUAGGAACGCCUGGAACUACGCCUUCGGCAGCUGGGAACUUUGCCACGUCUUCCUCACCAGUGGCAACACCUGGAAUGAGCCCAACUCCGCAAAUGUCUCAUGCAGCAAGCUUCUCAGGAUCUUUCAGUCAGCCUUUUUCUUUUGCACCGAAUCCCCAAGGGACUACUGGUUUAGGCAUGGGAGCACCUCCAACUUUUGGUGUGGAACCCCAAAGGGGACAUGUAGCUCACACUGCGCCGAACUUGGGCGCUGGUGCACCUGUGACCGGACCUCUCAAUGCAGCGAACCUGUGGCAUCAGCUUGACGCCACAGCAGCACCUCCGUCGGCACCUUCGAUCAGCAGUGCUUUUGAGAUGCUGGGCAAGCCUGUUCACCGACCUGCUGCAACGACGGUGGACCCUCAGGAAACGAUGAUGAAAGCUCUCACUGCAGCCCUGUCGGGCGAUCGAAAGAAUCUCCCAAGCUGGAGUGGGGACAUCGCUACAUUGAGGCCUUGGCUUCGACAGUUGAUGCUCUGGGAAGUCGACAACAAUGUUCCCAAGCACAAAUGGGGCUUGAAGUUGAUGCAAGCGUUUGGAGAACAGUCCCCUCCUCGUCGGAUUGCCGAGACCAUCGACCUAGCGAUUCUCACCUCUGAGAGUGGCUACUCUGCCAUCCUCUCGGCCAUUAUGGUCAAGUAUGGGCCAUACUUGGAAGCCGCUGGUCCAGCAUCCAUCGAGACCUUCUUUUAUGGCACCGAGAGGAAUCGAAAUGAGAACCUGUCCACCUACAUUGCAGCUAAGGAGGUGGCGUUGCAAGAGCUGGAAUCUCACCUUGGGGAGAAACUGCCUUCUCGCAUUGCUGGCCGCAUCCUCCUGAAGCAUGCCAACCUUUCAGAUGCUCAGAAGGAAGCUAUGGCAGUUCGCUACAAUGCACUGCUCAGUUUUGGCCAGGCAGCCGCUGCUCUUCGGCCCCUAGAUCGUCCUGACGCUCUGGUUCAAAAAGUGACCAAGACUUACUUGACCGCGCAGGACUAUGGAGGAGACGAAGAUGACGAGGAAGAAGAACUUCUUCCAGCCGACGCCGAGGAACCUGAGGAUGAAGAAGGCCCUGAAAGUGAUGGACAAGGAAACAUGACCUUCCUGAUGUUUGACCCUCAGGAAGAAUACACCGAAGAAGAAGCGACCUACAUUUGGGCCUACAAUAGUGCCUGCAAAGAUGUUCGCCGUGAACUACAGGCUCGAAGAAAGGGUCGUCAGUUUUUCAAGAAGGGAAACACUCCACCAGUUCAGAAGAAAGGCAAGAACAAGGGCUUCCAGCGCCGAGGCUUUGGCAAAGGCCGCAACAGCGCUGGUGGCGCUGGUCGCGGUCGAGGUCAAGCUCGUGGCGCACCAGAUGAGUUGCUGGCAAGAACCAAAUGUUUUUCCUGUGGCGGUUUGGGCCACAUGUCGCGUGAUUGCCCUCACCAGGAAACACCGCAGACCUUUUUCGCGCACUCUGGAAGCAGCAGCCAGUCUCGCAUCUACGCCGUGAAUGUCAAGGCUGAGGUGCAACGGCAGCUGGAUGUGUUUGCUGGAGCGAGAACGGAUGACUGUGAAGGUGUGGUCGACACGGCUGCUGAAGAGGCCAUCAUUGGUUCUUCAGCCAUGAGCCGCCUUCGUGCUGCAUUGGCCAAGUUUGGGCUUCAGCCAAUCCCAGCGGAAGGAACCACAGCAACAUGCGCUGGGAUCGGUGGCUCAGCUACCAUCUGUGGAGUCUUUGACGUGCCAGUAGGCAUCGCUCGCACUAACGGGCUUCUUCGUGUGACGGAGAUUGCAGAUGCUGGUGCUUUUGAGACCCCUUUUCUUUUGCCCAUCAGCUACAUCGAACUGGUGGGUGGAGUGAUCGAUACCGGCAAGAACACCUUCUCAAUUCGAGGAGGAAAGAAGACACCAAUGCGUCGACUGCCAUCGGGUCACCGAACGAUCUCGGUGCUUGAGUUCAAUGGGAAAUGGCGAUUGCCAGAGCAGUUGGCAAAGGAGCUCACCAGUUCUUCAUCCACCAAUCCUUUUUCGUUGCCCAAAGCCAAUAGUGGCGAAAAGCUCCAACAACGACCUGGAGUGGCCGUAUGGUUGAAAAGAGGAGAUGAUUUGGUCUAUAUGGGUUCAUUGUCCUCCCGCACAACGUUGGUUCAUCCUCAUGAGGCGGCAUCUUCAGUGGUGGCGGCCUCGGCACUGCAGAUGGUCGUGCAGCUUUGGCUCCUGGUUCAAGCCCACCACAACUUUCCGAAGGCCGAAAUGCAGACUCGCAUCACUCAAUGGCUGGUGCAGGCGGAUCAGGAAGCGCCCACUGCCGGGCGACGCAAGACCAGCUCACAGAAGCUGAUGGGCGCUUGGAAGCGCAUGACUCAGCUCAUCAUGACCAUGAUUUUCAACACCAUCAAGCAGUCAGCCAUGGAUCACUCGCUCAGCCGCAACAAGCAGUACCAGGUGGCGACCGCUUCGCCCACCGAGGCGGAGAGCAAGUCCAAGAAGACCAUCGGCGAUGGCAAGGUGCGCCGAGGAAUUGGUCGCCCACUGCGGCGAUCCAACGCCUGCAAGACAUGGCACUGCGAGCCGUCCAAAUGUGCCCACGACGAGGACAAGCUCAGCCGAGUUGUGGACAUGCUGGUGCACUCCGACAAGAGCUACCCAGCCAAACUGCCACCGCCCAAGUAUCGCUCAGAUCUUCCAACACUGGUGGUGCAGGAGCUGACGGCAGAAGAGAUGACUCCAAGCAGUGUGCCUCCGGACUACUCCAACCAGACACGAACCCCGUCGUGGCUGGCAUCCCCAGUGCAAGAGACACCGGAGCUUCCAGUGGACUCCAUGGCAGGAGCUCGCACCAGUGGGCCCAUGAAGGCAAGGUCACCCAGUCCGGAUCGUCGUCGACGUAUGACCUCAGGUGUCCGGCCAGCUCAGCAUCGCACCAAGUCUCGCCAUCAGGAGACCAUGGAGAGGGAGCACCUCACCGAGCAGUACGAGAUCCACUCAUCGAGCAGCUCAGUGCCAAGCCUGCUGGACGAUGUCCAAGUGGCCUCGGCCAACUUACACUGGCUGGGUUCUCAGGUGGAGCUUGAUGAUCCCUCGGACACCUCCGCUUCGAAUUCGCUUUUGGGACUGAGCCGCUCAACGACGGCUACUUUUGCCUUGAAUGCCAGCCUCUCCGAGCUAGGCCGAACUGAUUUUGAGGGAGCACCAAAGACUUUGGAUCGCAAAGAUCGCCAAUGCAUUGUCUACCACGCGGUUCGCUACUUGGACCACGUGGGUGAAGUCUACUCGCCACCACGAGUGUGUGAAGAAGCUCGGCGACAGGGCUUGCGGGCCAAACUUUCUCUGGACCUCACCAAUGGCUGGGACUUUCGCUUAGCCGCUCACCGCAAGAAGGCCAAGGAGUUGGUGAGAAAGCAUCGCCCUGCAGUCCUGCUACUGAGUCCUCCAUGCCGAACGUUCUCUCCUUUGAGAAAGCUUUCAAACUUCAAGCGACCUUACUGGCAAGUUGUUGAGGAGGAAGCUGAAGGAAAUGUGCACAUGGACUAUUCCGUUGAGCUGGCCGAAGAACAGGCCAAUGAAGGCUCUGCACGGGAUGCAGCCAUCUACACCCCCUCCUUUGUCAAGGCUCUUGUGAGUGGCAUUAAAGCUGCAUUGGGGCACUCUGCGCUCAAGCCAAAAGAAAACCACCGGCAGUGGUAUCAGUGGGGUCAGUCACUGGGCCACAUUGCCAGGGAAGAAGCUUAUGACCUGGUGGAGCUUGAGCGCGAGAUUGAGGACGGCAACCAUGCCAUGAGCUGGCCAACGGCUGUGGGAGAAGAGAGAGACGAAGAAGAAGAAGAUGAUGCCGUCUCUGAUUUGAGACGACAGCUUCGAACCUUCGAAGACAACCCUCGCUUACAAGAAGCAAUGGAGAAGGUUGAGACCUUUGAGAAUGUUGGCGUAGGUGCCUUUGCCUUAGAUCCCAAGCUGCGGAAAGAAGUGCACCGGGUGCAUCAGAACCUUGGCCACCCUCCGAGAGAGAUCUUUCUGAGGGCUCUUCGCAACUCAGGAGUUCGUGAUGACAUUUUGAGCUGGACCAAGGAACAUUUCCGAUGUUCCACAUGUGAGGCUCGGCCAAGACCAUCACCGGCGCGACCAGGCCACUUGAUGCGUGCGCUCGAGUUCAACCAAGUGGUAGGAAUAGACCUCUGCUUCUUGGAGGCCUAUGGGCAGCAGAACAUCAUCCUCAACAUGCUCUGCUGGGGGACCAACUUUCAGCAAGCCAGCCUGUGCCGCGACAAGUCGGCAGAUGAAGUUCUGAAUGUUUUUAUGAACGAGUGGAUCAAGCACUACGGUCCACCUGUGCUACUAGUCAUGGAUCGCGGAAAAGAGUUCGACAACUUCAAGUUCCAAGAACUGGUUGGCGGCCAAGGCACCGCGCUUCAUUACACAGACCCUGAGUCUCCGUGGCAAAACUCACGGACGGAGCGAGGCACGGGUUCUCUCCAAUGCAAAGAGUCUUCGGCAAGUCGCUACGGCUACCUGCUUCCCUCUUGGCUACGGAUGGAUCGGGAGCUGACAGCCGCAGCGGCCUCUCACCCUCUACAUCGAGCAUGGGAGAUCCGUGAAGCUGCCAUGAAAGAAUGGAUGAAGAAACAAGACCAAGGAGCACUCAAGAGAGCUCUGAAAGCCAACAGUCGCACAGCAGACCUCAAAGAUCUGCGACCUGGCACCUGGGUCUACGUGUUCCGCGACUCUCCAAGCUAUCGCGGAUGGGUUGGACCUGGUGUGCUGAUUUCGCCUGAUGUCCAUGACCGUUCCUUGUGGGUCAGCAUGCGUGGUCGUUUGUGGAAAGCAGCUCGUGAGCAGCUGAGGCCAGCCACACCUGAGGAAGAAUUGGGUGCGGAACUGGUGGUUGAACUGACUCGUGAAAUGCUGGACAAGCUCCACAAGAAGGAAGGCCACAACCAGAUUGCCUAUCAGGACGUCACUGCCGAGACCUUUCCUUCUGAAGAGGACCUUGAAACCAGCAGACGCCACCUGCGGAUCUCUGAACUCGACAACACUGCAGAUGGCAUAGCCGAUGACGAGUACUCCCCCUCACUGCCAAUGGAAAGAGAAACAACCAAUGACAGCGCCCAACAUCCAGAAGGUGAAGCCGAUGUGGAUAUGGAGCUGGACUCCGAGGGCACCACAACCACUCCGCCCCAGCUCUCACAGCCGCCAAGCCGAAGGGUCAGCGUUAGGACUGAUCACAAUGAAGACGCGCCAUUGCUGCCUCCAAUUGCUGAGGGCUACGAGCCGAAACAAACAGAGCACAGGUCAAUGGAGAUGGCACCAGGUGAGCCAGCCACCUCCGCUCCAAGAACCACCAUUCGUGUGGAUGAAGGCCCACACGGCACCAUGCAGUUUGGUCCGGCUCCAUCCAAUGCCAGGAACCGAUACACCCCGUACCAAGAGGUGCCAGAAACUCCACCAGUGGGUUAUACACCACCAGCAAGGCGAGCAACCAUGCCUUUUCCCUUUGAUGGAGCCCAGCCUUCACUUCCACCGCCUCCAGGAGCGUCCUUCUACAUAGAAGUUGUGGACUUCGACAAGGAUGAGGACCUCAAGCAGCUUGGCUCCAAAACACCUUUCAUUGGAGCAACCUGGAAGUUCAAUAGAGAGCAGGGCCGUCGGAUCCUCCUUCCUCGAGCUCGCUCUCAUGGAACCUUCUCGUCAUCCCAAGCUGAAGCUAGUUUCUGCGCCAAUGACCGGUGUAUGUAUGUUAGCAAAGCCAAGUCCUCCUUUGGACAGAUUGAGUUUUCCAAGCUGCCGGAGGAAGAGAAAGUGAAGUUCAGAAAGGCUCGAAUCAAAGAAGUGGACAGCCUCAUCAAGAACAAAGCUGUUCGAGUGCUCUCAAUUGAAGACAGCAUUGCGUUCGAGGAGCAAUGGCCAGAGCAGGUCAUCAACUCUCGUUUCGUUGACCGGUUCAAGCCAAAGGAUGUGUCCCCGGAGAAAAUCGAGAACUACAAAAAGAAGGCCAUUGAUGAAGGCCACCUGGAAGCAAUUGCCCUCGAGGAGGAUCAACAGAAUCCCAAGUCGCGGCUCUGCGUCAUUGGGUGGGAAGAUCCGCAGAUCAUGGAAGUUGAGAGAUCGGCGCCUACGCCACUCUCCACUUCUCUCCACUGCUGCCUCCAGAUGGCUGCUUCAAGACGGUGGACCACUCGAGUUCGAGACGUGAAAACUGCCUUCUUGCAAGCUCUUCCAACAACCCGGAAGAAGAAACUGGCCAUCCGGCAACCACGAGACGAGCACCUCGAAGGAUAUGAUCCACGACAGCUUUUGCUUCUUGAGACCGAGGUCUAUGGCCUUGUUUCUGGACCGUCAUGGUGGCGUCGCAGUUUGCUUAAGCUGGCAACUGAAACCUUGGGCUAUGAGGUGAACAAGUACGACCGCUGCAUCCUAACGCUUCCUGCGCCUGGACCGGGCAACCCUCCUACCAUGGGUUUCAUGGUCAUUGAGGUGGAUGAUAUUGCCGAAGCUGGAGGUCCAGAGCACCAAAAGCUCAUGCAGCGCAUGGAGGGUCUUCUCACCUUUGGCAAGGUGGACAACCUCCAGAGUGAAAAUGGCUCAAACUACGCGGGCAGACGGUUGAAGCAGCGAAAAGACUUCAGCUUUGAGCUGGACAUGGAUGAGUUCAUCUACACCAGACUCCAACCGAUUCCCAUGACCCGCAAGGUACUGAAAAAGGACGCCGCUCAAUUUCCGUUGACCGAGACUGAGAAGUCACAGCUCCGCGGUCUCAUCGCAAGCCUCAACUGGCUCGCUCGCGAGGGCCGGCCUGACGCGGCCUCAGCAGCGUCAAUACUGGCUUCAUCCUUUCCAGAACCCAAGGCAAUGCACUUGUUGGCAGCAAAUGAUGUCGUGCGACAUGUCAAGACAUACCCCAUCAAGUUGGUCAUACACGCAAUCGAAGAGAGCAGAUUGCGGAACCUACUGAUCAGUGACUCGGCUUUUGACACGUCUGGCCAGGAGCGCUCCCAGCAUGGCUGGUUGAUGGGCUUCACCAAUGACAAGCUCAAUGUUGGUGAGGAAGCCCCGGUCAGUUUGAUGCAGUGGCGCUCAAAGAGACUGCGCAGAAAGGCGGCUUCAAGCCUUCUCUGCGAGGCCAUUUCAAUGUCGGCAGCAACUGGAGCGCUAGAACGCCAAGACGCUUUCAUGGAGAGCAUUAGGUUCUCUCAUUUUCAGCCAAGGUCAAGACAGCGCUCCGAAGACGAAAAGCUGGCUGCGAUGGGCAAAGCGACAGUGAUCGCAAGUGAAUCGGAAUCCUAUUUGGACCCGCAUUCAAUAGUGGUGAUGGACGCCAAGUCCUUGUACGAUGCCCUAAACUCCGACCAGAGUCAUGGCGAGGACGAGCGAAGACCAAUAGACUUCGAAUUGAAGCUGAACAAGAGGUCCUUCAGCGUGGCAAGCUCCCGGCUCGCCCGGCUUGCAGGGAGCAUGGAGGUCCGCUAUGCGGCUGGAGAGAAGGCCAUGCCGGAGGAGUGCGAUUUUCACGCCUUUUGA